CGGGCUUUGCUUGGCAUCGUACGUCUGGCGUGUGACGGACUGACGGUCGGUGGCCAACAGCGGCUCGUGUUCUAUAUGAAGGCGGCGGCUGGCUGACACACGCCACUUACUUCCCGAACGUCGUUCGGUGAGCGCUGCACACAUUUCUACGUGCGCUCAAACACGUGCACUGCAUACGUUCAAGACGUGUACUUCCUUGUACCUGCAUACGUUGUGCUCAAUACCCAACCCAAGGUCUUGCGGUUCUAAUUGCUAUUUGUGUCAACGAAGGAAAGUCAAGUGAAAUUUUGAGCCAAAUCUAAUUCAAUUAUUUAAAUUGUGUUUCAACACCUAGACUCAAAAUGAAGAGAUCGCACAGUGAGAGUGAAACUGACGAUAUAUAUUCCGGUGACGAAAAAGAGUGCGAAGAAUCAUCUGGCGGCGGGGGCGGCGUGUCGCGCAAACGUCGCCGCGGUAUCAUCGAGAAGCGCCGGCGCGACCGCAUCAACAACAGCCUGGCCGAGCUACGCAGGCUGGUGCCCGCGGCGUAUGAGAAGCAAGGCUCCGCUAAACUCGAGAAGGCCGAGAUACUCCAGAUGACCGUCGACCAUCUCAAGCUGCUACAUGCCAAAGGUGAGAAUUGCGUGGACGCGCUGUCGUACGACACCAACAAAAUCGCUCUCGACUACCACGGCAUCGGCUUCAGGGAAUGCUCGGCGGAGGUCGCUCGCUACCUCGUCGCUGUUGAAGGCCUCGAUCUGCAAGACCCUUUACGUCUGCGUCUCUUGAGUCACCUCCAGUGCUACGUUGCUCAGCACCAUCACAAGACCAGCUCUUCUUGGGUCUCCUGGGGCACUGCUGGGUCUUCCACUGGGUCUUACCCACACCCUGGGACUGCCAUAGCGGGCUUCCAAACGCACUCGAUGUUGACCCCACCACACCAUCACACUCCUGGAGGUGUGACUUCACAUUCAGGAGGUUUGGAUCAAAGUCACAUGUCGGCCUUUACUCCUCCUAGUCACGGACACGCAGAUCUUUCCUGUGGGAUAGCCGCAGGAUCUGGGGGCAUAACGCCUCAUGUCACUCAGCUGACACAGCGGAUACCCACAACGGGGGCUGGCGCUCCCCACAUUCCCCAUGUAUCUAUGGCAACCGCAGCGGCGUCAGGUCAACCAUACCACGCCUCCUCAUACCAUCUAAACCUUAAUGCUUUUUCCACGACUAACCAACAGCAACACAUUCCUACCAACACGUCUUCCCCAUCCACAUCUUCUCUAGUUCCAAACAUAGCAACGUCUAAUAUUCCACACAUCGCCACAUCGAACAUCUCGAGCAACGCAUCUCUGACGCACAGCCAGAGUGUGCACCACAGCGCUCUGCACGCGGGUUACAGCACAGCUCUGCACGCCGUUGCACAAGACUCCAAACCCUACCGACCCUGGGGGGCAGAAAUAGCUUACUGAAGCGACGCAUUCAUUAAUGAUACUGAAGACUUACCAGUAUAUGCCAUUUCUUGGAACUCUAAAGACUAAAUGUAAUCGAAGGAAGUAUUACGUGCAGCUGUUUGUCAUCUGUAGUGCUUCAUUUUAAAGCAAGUGUUUUAUAGGUUAUUAUGCCUUAUAGAAAAAUCAGUGUGGCUUAUUAUGCGCCAUUAACUGGCCAAAUAAUUACGUGCCUUCCAAUUGUCAGCUUCCAUAUCUCGCGCGACGUUCAGGAUUUUCAUAUUAGAUUUCAUUCGUGCAUCAGAUUAUUUCCCCUUGCCACAUAGUAAUUGCUAUUCCAUACGAAGUUUUCGUAUGGAAUUAAAAUAAUUUUCGCAUUAAACUUAUUCGCUAAAUUACUAGAAUAAAGUAAGUGUCAAUUUGUAUAAUUCUGCGGGAAAUACUCGCCUGAUUGCAGCCAGGACAGGAGAAUUGGAAUUAAUAUAUUUGCAUGGAUGCGUUUAUAAAUAUUCCCGUGCAAUCAGACCUGCACACAAAAUUUCUGGCCAGAUCACAUCUUCAAUAUUCCAUAUUUACUGCUUUGUGUAAGUGUAAGAAAUUUCCUUUUAUUUUAUAGAAUAGUUGUAUUUUCUGUACAGAUAUCUACACAUAUCGAUAAGGUGCAAUGAUCUCGUUUCUAUCAAUAUCCGUGUACAAAAUAGUCAUGUAUAUUUACGUACGUAACUUUUAAAAGAUCUCAACGGCAUUAUAGUUUGUAUAUUUUGUACUUUUGUAUGUUCAUAGAACGAAUGAA